UAAACAGGAAAGUUCAGCAAGAAAGAUGUUAAAACUGAUAAACAUAAAGCCAGAAAGUUUGUUCUUAUUGUUUUUACUAUACGUAUAUGUAAAAACAUUGGAUGGAGAACGACCCUUUAGGACACUCAAAGUGAAUCAGAUAUGGGAAAAAGCACAGAAGCUCCAUUCAGGACCAAAGUUAGCUGAUCUUUAUGCAGAUUUGAAAAUUCAAGACAAAGUAGAAAUAGAACUUAAAAAGUUGAAAGCCGAGGAUAUGGAUAAAGAUGGCAUGAAAGAGGCAGAAGUUAGACAGAGGUUAAUGGAUCUUUUGGAGAAAUACAACAUGAAAAAUGUAGUAUCUAUGCCAAAGCCACAAGAUAUAAGUAAUGAAAUACCAGAAACAUUUGAUCAUCAACUUCGAGACAAAAAGCUUCAGAAGCUAUGGAAGAAAGCAGAAUUUGCUGGAUUCUCAGAAUCAGAAUUGGAGAAAUUGAAGGAGGAAUUUUUACACCAUCAGAUGAAGGUGGAUGAAUACAACUCUCUACAGGAAAACUUUAAUCUCAGGGAUGAUUAUGAGGAUAAUUUGAUUGAUGUGGAACAAAACAGGGUGAAGAAAAACAAGAAGCUGGAGUUGAAAACAAUGUACAAGGAUUUGAAGACGGAGUAUGACAAACUAGAGUCGAUGGCUGCAGGAGUUAAUGUUCCAGACAAAUCUUUCCAGGAUCCACGAGUGUAUGAGCUGUGGGCACUUGCCCAGAGAGCUAGAAUGUCACCAACUGAACUAGAAUCCAUCAAGACAGAACUUCAGCAUUUUGAACACAGGCUACAAAAGCAUGAAUACUACCAGGAUCAGUUAAGAAUUUCUGAUGAAGCAUUAAAACUCAAUUAUAAAGAUGGGGAAGUUCCAGAUAAGCAUGCCAAGCUGGAACAGAUGGCUCGAGAUUAUGGAAGGAAGGUUGAGAAAUAUCACACGGACCUAAAGUACCGAAUCAACAAGGCAUUAAAGCAGCACAUAGAGCUCUAACAUUAAAGGAUGUACAUGUAGUCUGUGUCUGGCAGCAGAAAACAAACUACAGUAGUUACUGAGAAAGUUAAUAUCAGAUAAAGAAACAGGAAAAGGAAUAGACUAAGAGGCGAGAACUAGAGAUAAAUGGACACAACAUGUCAAGUCCAACAAACUUUCUUCUGGUAAAACUAACAAAUCUCCUGUGUCCUUCAUUGUAAAACAUUCCUGAACUUAGAAAAAUUUAAAUGUCAUUAAAAAAAGAAAGCUGAAAUGGUCAUUAUUAGAAGAAAAAAAAUAUCCUCUGGUUUACUAUGAUAAAACAGUUGGCUUACGAUACAAAGGAAAGAGCUUGUUUCAAUCAUGUGCAUUUCAAUACUCAUGUCAUUUAUGUAUGCAACUUAUAAGAAAAUGGAAUUUAUCUUGUAGCAAACUGCAAUACUGAUAAUGAAAAUAUGAAAAUUUUAUUUUA